AGUAGUUGGUUAUGUUACCCACUCGGCCAUUAACUUUUGACGAUUAUAACCGAAUUUAGAACGCUUCUACCUGCCACAGGGUGGUCUGGCCAGAGUGUCCCGACAGGGUGACUCCCCAGGGACACGAACACGCGCGGUACAAGGGCAAUUAAUGUUUUGGCCGACUGGGUCUCCAUGGCAAUCAGCCAAACCAAUCCGAAACGAGCCGAACCGGAAGACCCUUUCCUUGUGGCGCAUAUAUACCUGCCAGUCGAUACAGAAGAGCAGAAGAGCAAACCGCAGCGGUAGAAUCCACAGAAUAAAUCCGAGGAAAGGAGGUAGGCGGGAGGCACAAAUUAUGGGCAUAGAAAAAUUAGAUGGCAUGCAGACGAGCCGAGAACUGGGACCAGGUUCGAACCCAGAACCCAGAAGAAGCCGGGAGUGCGGAGAGGGGCAGGGAACCGCAGGAAGCAGCAGCCACAUUCCUGGUGCCCCUGGAUUUCGGUAUUCGGUCUUCGGCGGGGCAGAGGAACGACACGCAUCCGGUUUUGAAAUUCCAGCGGUCGAGGCUGAGCAGAAGAACCCGAAAAAAGCAACCACGCCGAGGAAUUCAAACACUUGAAUCGCACACAGAUACACAGUGCACUCGAAACAAUACUUUGCACUUGGACCUUUGGAAAUAUUUAAUAGAUCCCUUAACUAAUUAAGUAAUAACUAAAAAUUAUAUAUCCUAGGUGAUAUACCAAGUAUUUCUCGGGAAGUGCAAGCCGAAAGCGAAGGACGCGGAGCGAUGGCUUCGCUGGCGACACUGGAGCUGGACUACUUCAGGGCGGUGUCCCUCUUCCGCCGCCGCUCUUACGAGCGCUGCGCGGAGCUGUGCAACGCUCUCCUGCAGGCCGGUCACGAUGGCCACGUCCAACUGUUCGCCACCAAGGAGGAGGAGGGCGAGGAGGUGCCCCAGAAGCAGCAGCAGCAGCCACAGCAGGCGGAGCACAGCAGAUUCGGUAGCAAUUUGCAACGCAUUGGCCCCAGGCCACGGGGAACGGGAGCGGGUGCGGGAGCUGGGGCAUCGGCAGCAGGAGGAGCCGACUCCGGGGCAUCCAUCAUGAUGCCCACUUGGCUGAUGGAGGGCGUGUGGCAAUUAAAGAUGCGCGCCCUAACGCAGCGCGUCUACCUCGACGAUCUGGAGGACGAGGCCGGGGAUGAGGCCAUCGAGGAAGUGGAGUUCGAGCGCAUAGCGACCGCCGCUCGGCCGGGGAGCAGCAUUAAGACCGCCUUCCAGCCACGCCCCCUCACCAGCCAGAGGGCGCAGCAGGCGAGGAGCAGGGGCGCCGGGGUGGCCCACUCCAGCGACGGUCGCCUGAACAGCUCCCGACCGGGAUCUGCGGCGGUGGCUCGCCCGGGAACGAGUCUCAGUCGCCCGGGAUCCUCGCUCGCUGGCGGAGGAAGGCCCGCCUCCCGCUGCGGCACCGCCUCCAGGAUCCGCGCCACCUCGGCGGCGGCCUUCAAUGUGGGCGACGCCACCGCCAAGCUGUACCAGGCCUCCCGGCUCAAUCCCACCAUCUACGCGGAGCGGGAGACCCUGGUGAAGGCGCUGUUCCAGUUCCUCUACUACCACGAGGCGGACGUGCAGAAGGCCCACUCUUUGUGCCAGGCGGUCCUCGAGGUUCAGCGGCAGAAGCCCAGUGGCUCCUCCUCCUCCAACUUGUCCUGGUGGUGGCAGCAGCAGAUGGGCAGGUGCCUCCUGGCGCUCCACUAUCCGCGGAGGGCGGAGCCCUUCCUGCAGCAGUCGCUGGCCAGCUUCCCCCACCCGGACACCUACCUGCUGCUCUCCAGGCUCUACCAGAGGAUCAAGCAGCCGGAGAGGGCUCUGCACCUGAUCGGCGGAGUGGUGGACACGCGACCCUUCGACGUCACCUACCGCCUGGAGCAGGCGAGGAUCCACCAGGCCAUGGAGCAGCAGGAGGACGCGCUGCAGCUCUACAGAUUGGUGUCCAGGCUGCAGCCGAUCAACGUGGAGUCCCUGGCCAGCAUUGCGGUGGGAUACUUCUACGACAACAAUCCGGAAAUGGCGCUGAUGUACUACCGAAGGAUCUUGUCACUGGGAGCCCACUCCGCCGAGCUCUACUGCAACAUAGCCCUGUGCUGCCUCUACGGGGGUCAAAUCGACUUGGUGCUACCCUGUUUCCAGAGAGCCUUGGCCAUGGCCACCCAGCCCGAGCAGAAGGCGGACAUCUGGUACAACCUCAGCUUCGUAGCGGUGACCUCUGGUGACUUCAACCUGGCCAGGAGGUGCCUCCAGUUGUGCCUCACCUCGGAUGCCCAGAAUGGCGCUGCUCUGAACAACUUGGCUGUGCUGGCUGCCCAAGGCGGCGAUAUCAUGGGGGCCAAGUCCUACUUGAACGCAGCCAAGGAUGUGAUGCCCGAGGCCUCGGAGGUGACCACCAAUCUCCAGUUCAUGGAUGCACACUACAAGCUUUAGAAUUUAAACAAGAGUAUAUUAUUCUUAAAGGAAAUAAACGUAAUAGUUGGAAAUCUGCA